AUGCCGUGCCGAGAACUGACGUUCAACGUACGUUUCCACAAGUCGGCUGGCUCGGACUCUGAGCAAAAGAUGGAGUCCUUCGUGGAACCUGCAGUUGUCGCUGUAACCGUCUACUGCUUCCAGUGCGUGGAAUGCACUACAAGAACUUUCGGCGGAGGAGUAAAAUUUCGCAGAGUCCUGCCACUGCUAUCUGACGAUUGGAAAGAGGCAAUGGGCGGAUGGUUUUGUCAAAAGCAUGAAACUACAAGCAGCGAUGACCUGCCCGAUGUUCUCUCACCGAAACCAGACGAGCUGUUCACGUCUGCGGCGCACCUGCUUGUGCAUGACAAAAACGUUCGAGAAGGCGACAUCGACAGGGAAAACGGAAGAGUGCGCUGCGGCAUGUGCUACACUGUGGUGAGGAGACAGGGGACUCCAUCGUCUACAGCAUUGUUUGCGACUCGCGUGGCAAUAACCCAUGCCAACGAGGAGGAUGGCAGCCCCGUAGGUGGCGUCGACGCUACGCGCCUACACAGAAGCUUCAUCAAAGAGCGGCUGCAGCCUAGAAUGACCUCCAGGAUUGCGCUGGCGUCCGGAAAGCAGGUGCUGCUGCUGUGGCUGAUGGAAAGUGUGGUACAGCACUUCUCCGCCAGGGAGGUGCAGCGCAAAGAAGUGCGCGUCGACCUGAAGGUCGGCAGCAAGAGGGGAGUGUGUGGAUUUGACUUUUGGUUCAACCGUGAGGUUCUAUGGAACUCAACUGGCGCCUACACGACGCACCUCUUCACGCAGCGAGCUGUCAACGUCAUCAAUCAGCACGAUGUAUCGGAGGUAAUCGAUUGA